AUGGUCAGUUACAACAUUGAUUAUUUAGAGGCCAAACGACGUCCAUCCAGUCCACCACUAAAGAAAAAUAAUGGGUCGACGUCUAGCAAAGAAAGCGCUGGUGGUACAGUAAAUACCCCACCGAGUGUCACUGAACGUGAAAGAGUAGAAACGAGUCGUCCUAUGGAGGAAUACAAUUGGUUGAAUUACGUGGCUUAUACCACCUAUGCUCCAUUAUACCUGGCAGGACCGAUAUUGACAUUUAAUGAUUUCAUGUUUCAAUCCCGAACAACUUUGGUAUACUCGAUUAAUUUCAAGAGGAUCUCGAUGUAUGCUAUUCGAUUUGCAUUUUGUCUGCUGACAAUGGAAGUUUUACUUCAUUAUACAUAUGUAGUGGCCAUUUCGCAGACUAGAGCUUGGACUGGAGAUACUCCAUUCCAGAUUAGUAUGAUUGCAUUGUUCAAUUUGAACGUAAUCUGGCUCAAACUGCUUUUGCCCUGGAGAUUAUUCCGUUUGUGGGCUAUGCUUGAUAGGAUCGAUCCUCCUGAGAACAUGGUUCGGUGUGUGAAUAAUAACUAUUCAGCUAUAUUGUUCUGGAGAUCAUGGCACCGUUCUUUCAACCGAUGGAUUAUCAGGUACGUUUAUAUUCCUUUAGGAGGAUCUAAGCGAACGCUGCUCAACUCGCUUAUUGUUUUCAUGUUUGUAGCUAUCUGGCACGACAUUCAACUGCGUUUACUUCUGUGGGGCUGGCUAGUUGUAUUAUUUAUUUUACCAGAAGUACUUGCCAGCUUAUUGUUUCCAGCCAAGAAAUGGGGCUCGAAUUCUAUUUACCGACAUUUGUGUGCUAUCGGAGGUGUUGCUAAUGUAUGGAUGAUGAUGAUAGCUAACUUGGUUGGAUUCUGUGUUGGCCUGGACGGUGUUAGCGAGAUGCUCCACGAUAUGAUCUACACAGCAGAUGGAAUCAAGUAUGUGAUAUUAUCAUCGCUGGCGCUAUUUGUUGGUCUUCAAGCCAUGUUUGAGUUCCGUGAACGUGAAAAGCGCAUGGGCAUCAAUCUCCGCUGUUAG